AUGAGGCCCGUCAGCGUCGAAGUCAUCUCCGACAACGUCUGUCCCUGGUGCUGGGUGGGCAAGCGUCGUCUGGAAAAGGCCAUCAAGUCGGUCGAAGCAUCUGGCAACGGAGCGCCUGUGUCGGUGAGCUUCCGGGCCUUUCAGCUGCGGCCCGACGCGCCAAAAGCUGGAGUCGACAAAGUGGAGAUGUACCAGCAGAAGUUCGGGCCGGGCUGGAUGUCGAUCGUGGGGCGGGUGCAGAAGGCGUUCGAGGCCGAGGGGCUCGAAUUGAACAUGGGCGGUCUGACGGGCAACACAGUAGACUCCCACCGUGCGCUGUGCUGGGCGCAGUCGACGGGCGGCCCCGCGGCGCAGCAGGCACUGGCCGAGGAGAUCUUCGCGGCGUACUUCACGCGGAACGAGCACAUCGGGGACGCCGGCGUGCUCGCGGACGCGGCGCGGCGAGCGGGGCUCAACGCAGAGGAGCUACAGGCGGUGCUGGCAUCGGACGAGUACGCGGAGGAGGUGGACGCCGACAUGCAGUACGCGCGCUCGCUGGGGGUGUCCGGCGUGCCGUACUUCGUCAUUGACGGCAAGGUCGGGCUGUCUGGCGCGCAGCCAGCAGAGGAGCUCGCUAGUGCCAUCUUGCAGGCGUCUGGGAGGGGGGCUGCGUGA